UUACACUUGAAAACGCACAAUAUUACAGCCAUGGCUUCAAUAGGCCCACAAAUUCCCGUUCAUUUGCUAAACAAAGCAUCUUCCUCGUCGUCACACUCGUCUGGCAGCGAUGCAGAAGAGAUUGGCCCGGCUAUUCCAAAGUCUCUGGACACUAGCCUGAAUAAUGACGGUGAUGGGAGUUUCAGCAUCGGUAAGGAGGUCGCAGAUGGUGACAAGGGGCGAGAACAGGUCAGCGACGAGGACGAAGACGACUAUAUGCCCGCACUCCCGCCAGACCUUCUCGCAUCCCGCACAGCCGAGCCGUCAUCUUCAACAGCAACAUCCAAACGCACCGUCGGUCCCUCAUUACCGCCUUCGCAUCCUUCAUACUCCAUCCACCGCUCGCACGAACAAUCAUACACGCAAGAUUCUGAUUCUGACUCUGACAUCGGUCCUCGGCCGCUUCCCAGUACGUACGGCUCGGGGCACAGUAGCGUAGGUGACGGUGUGCGCGAAUUUAUUGAACGUGAAGAGCGACGCCGAAAGCUAGUCGAAGAAGCAAAGUUACCUAAGAAGUUGGAAAGAGAUGAAUGGAUGUUGGUACCUCCUACUAAGGGGGAUUUAUUAGGAUCGCUGGAUCCGACAAAGCUAAAAGCUCGUCAAUUUUCGAGAUCAACUGCGCCUUCACGUAAUGUCGACUCCUCACUCUGGACUGAGACGCCCGCAGAGCGGCAACAAAGACUAGCAGACGAAGUAUCUGGUAAAAAACGAAGGGCUGUAAACGCUGAUCCAGAUGAAGAUGACUUUGAUGAUAAGAGAGGAGGACAAGGGAAGGAAGAGAGGAAGAGGGAGAGGGAGCGAAAGAAGAGGAGGGAAGAGGAUAUUAGGAGAGGAGUGGACGAACACACAAGAAAAACUCGUGGUCCAUCACUUAUUGACCAGCACGCCACGCUGUCUUCUCAACCGGCAGCCUCAUCCAAAGACGAGCCCUCGUCUAUCUGGGAUCACACUCGUGACAUGUCUCUUUCUGGCAGAUUGAUGGACGACAGCGCUCGUGAUAAGUAUGUGAGAGAUGCGAGAACUUUGGGGGAUAGGUUUGGCACUGGACGGACAGGAGGUUUUCUGUGAACGCGUUGGCAUGCGGUGCUGAAGGCAAUGUAUGUCGUAAGGUUCGUCGCCAUCAUGUUCAGUCCGCAUCGUAUAAACCCGGCCGGACAAGUACACUCAAAUGUAUAUUCCUACAACUGUUGUCUUGUGUAUACGAGAUGUAUUCAUAGCAGGUCACCCGAGAGACGAGCGCCUGGGACCUCGUCCUUUCUAUCUAUCUAUGUCUAAACAGCACUUUUUCGGC